UGACCAAUGACCUUGAAAUCCAACCUUGGUGCCCUCCGUUAAUGUGGAUUCGCCAGUGCCGUUAUGUUCUCUACUCUCACCAGUGAUGCACUUCUGGAAGAACAGCUACCCCGCAUUGUUGAGCACCGGUAUAAGUCCUUUGGAAAGUCCGCUGUCGAACCCCUACUGGAACCUUUCUGGAAAUGGGGAGUAACUUUUGUGCCCAAGAGAGUGGCCCCCAACACCUUGACUUUAUCGGGUCUGCUCGCAAAUGUUUUCUCCACACUCAUAAUCUUGUACUAUAGUCCAAAUUUUCGUAAUGAGAUACCUGCUUCAUCUGUUUUAUUCUUUUGUGCAGCUGUAUUUUUGUAUCAAACAUUGGACGCUUUAGAUGGUCUCCACGCACGUAGAACAAACACCUGCUCCCCUUUAGGCGAGCUCUUCGAUCACGGAUGUGAUGCAAUCUCUAUGUAUGUUCUAUCGAUGGGGUACUUCUCUAUCAUUGGAUUUGGGAACAGCCCUAUUGCAAUGCUCGUUGAGUUUUUUAUACUUAACUGCACUUUUUAUGCCUCUCAAUGGCAGUCAUUUGUCACUGGAUCCAUGUCUUUCGAUGGCUUCAGCGUAACUGAGUCUCUCCUCUUUCUGAUGCUUGUGUCGAUCAUCUCGGCAUUCUUCGGUGUCCAGCUUUGGACGUUUAAGGAGCCGUUCCUCGGUAUCGAACUGAAUAAGAUCCAAUUCUGGAUCGCCGUGGUUGGUUCUACCGUGCUGUUUGUUCGAUUUGCUCAUACGAUCUCCGUCGAUGGUGUUGGGAAAUGUGGUACCACAGUCGCGGUCAUCGGUUGUCCGCUGCGGUUCUUUUUCCCUUCGCUCCAAAGGAGUGCAUAUAAUGCGCGACGUGGAACGCGUGAGCCGGUAUGCGCAGUACUUGACCGAACCAACGCGAGUGGUGUUGGAUACAUAUGCUCUGGAGACCAGGACUGUCCGCUCCCAUGAUUCUGCUUCUAACUUCCGCGUUGCUGACAUGGUACUGCCGCCAUACGUGUGCAAUCGAACGUAU